AUGCAUUUCCAGCUUCCCUCAUAUAUCGCCUUCAUUGCGACAGUCAUCACCUUCACACCGUACGCCUCCGCAAUCAGGCUCAUCGAGUCGAGAUCCCUCAACCCGUGCCAGGAUAAUUCCAACUUCACUGCUACCCUGUUCAAUGUCGUCUUCACACCAGAUAAUCGUACACUGGCCUUUGAUGUAGUUGGGUUGUCUUCUAUAGAGGGAUAUGUGACGGCAGAGUUGCAAGUCAUUGCCUAUGGCUUUACCGCGGUCUCGCAAACAUUGGACCCAUGCACCAUGGACCUCGGAGGUCUCUGCCCAAUGUCCACUGGCCAGAUUAACAUCGAGUCCAACAUCAUCAUUGGUGAAGAUGUCAUCAAUCAGAUUCCUGGAAUCACCUACGGCAUCCCCGACCUUGACGGCUUAGUCCGCAUCUACAUUAACGACACGGAUUCAGCAACCUCCAUCGCUUGUGUCGAAGCGCAGCUUUCGAAUGGCAAGACAGUCAACCAGAAAGCGGUGGGUUGGACUACUGCCGUCAUUGCUGGUCUUGGAUUGGUCGCCUCUGGAGUAACGUCGGGAAUGGGCCAUUCCAAUACUGCUGCUCAUGUUGCCGCCAAUGCUCUUUCGCUAUUCGGUUUCUUUCAGGCACAAGCAAUCAUAGGCAUGACUGGUGUCAAACUACCUCCUAUAGUCCAGUCAUGGACCCAAAACUUUCAGUGGAGUAUGGGUGUCAUUCGUGUGGGGUUUCUGCAAGACAUAUGCACAUGGUAUCAACGAUCGACUGGCGGUACACCCACUACACUUCUGUCAACUUUGGCGACAACAUCAGUCCAGGUUCACAAGAGAUCUCUCGACGCCAUGACCAACAUGUAUUCAAUGGCGCGCGAUCAAAUCUUGCAUAAGAGAACGAACGGUGAUUCUAGCGUUGCUGAGAACACCAAACUAAUCAUAGUACGAGGCAUCGAAAGAGUUGGUUUCCAAGCCGGUAUCGAGCAAACCAACAUAUUCCUCACGGGCACAAUAUUCUUCGUCGUCUUUUGCUUCUUUAUUGGCAUUCUCAUCGCUCUUUUCAAGGCCUUCUGUGAGCUGGCUGUCAAAAACGGAUGGAUGAAAGUGGACAAAUUUCAGGAUUUCCGAAAUGGCUGGAAGCUUGUGCUCAAAGGGAUUCUGUUCAGAUUGGUCCUCAUUGGCUUUCCUCAGAUGUGUGUUCUUUGUCUUUGGGAACUCACACAACGUGACUCUGCUGCCGAAGUCAUUCUUGCAAUCGUUAUCUUCAUCUCCAUGACAGCAACAUUGUGCUGGGCUGCGCUCAAAGUCAUCCGUCUUGCCAAGCGUUCUGUAGACAUGCACAAGAAUCCUGGCUAUAUGUUGUACUCGGAUCCGAAAUGUCUGAAUCGAUGGGGCUUCCUCUAUGUUCAGUACCGAGCCACCGCUUAUUAUUUCAUCAUUCCGCUUCUAGCCUACAUACUACUCAAGGCUAUAUUCAUCGCAUUUGCCCAGAAUGCACCAGUCGUUCAGGCUAUUGCGCUGUUCAUCAUCGAAGCCAUGUUCCUUAUCGGAGUCAGCGUGUUGCGACCGUGGAUGGACAAAAAGACCAACGUCUUCAACAUCUUUAUUGCAGCGAUCAACUUUCUCAAUGUUAUCUUACUGCUGUUCUUCACACAGGUAUUUGGUCAGCCAGGGAUUGUCACGGGAGUGAUGGGAGUGAUCUUCUUCAUCCUCAACGCAGUUUUCGCUCUGGUCCUCCUGAUUCUCGUCUUGAUUGCAUCCGUAUAUGCUAUCGCGAGUAAGAAUCCUGAUACUCGCUAUCAGCCCAUGAGAGAUGAUCGUGGCUCAUUCAUCAAGUCAAACCCACAAUUGACGACAGAGCUGGAUGCUCUGGGCGCCACUGCUCGAGGGGAUCUUAAGCUGCCGUACGGCAAGACAAGGCUGGAUGACGACGAAGAAUCCUUCUCCUCUGGUUCCCUAGCCCGACAACAGACAGAUGCUUCCAAUCUACCAUUGCCGCCGCCUACCGCUAACUCGACUUAUCAGCGAGGUGGAAGUGAGAGACACUCUCCUGUGGACAACCAGGCUAUGUUCCCAGUUGACAACACUGGUCGUCGAGGGCCACCGGGAGGCUCUGAGGACCGGGGAAUGUACAAUCAGGGUAAUAACAGCAGCGAAUAUAGCCAAGGCUACUCAAGGUCGCAAAAUCAGACUCCACAGCCUUCCAAUGGUGGUGGGCAUCCUAGAAAUGGUUCAUCCUAUCCUCACCCACCGCAUCAACCCCGACAGCAGAAUGAGUCGAGCUCUUGGCAAAGAGGUGCAGGGUAUGAACAUUAG